AUGUCUCAGGUUGACCUUGUCACUGCGCUCCUCGCCGCCUCCACCGCUCUCCUCGCGCAGCGCGUCAGCCAGCCCCCCGACAGCGCAGACAACACUGCCCCUAACUCCGCUUCCCAGGAAACUCUCCUGGCUGUUCUCAAUGCCUUGCAGGCUACUGCCGGCCAAACGCAACCCGUCGGCGCCCUGCCCACCACAACCCCUUCCACCGACGACGCUCCAGCUGCCGACGCUCAAGCUGCCGACGCUCCAACACCCAUCGACAACGUUCCAGACGGCAGGGGCACCAGUGUCUACAUUGCUCACCCCCAAGGGGACAUUGGCAACGUCACCGGCUUCGCAUGCGCACGUUGCCACACGUACAACCUGUUCCAGGACAGUCGAAAGACCUGGUACUGUAUCCUCGUGGGCAAGAGGGUUGGCGUUUAUAGAGGCUACCACCGUAUCCACGAUUGGGUCAACGGCUACCGCGGCAACGUCUUCACCAAACAUCGUACCCUCAAGGAGGCGUUGCGCACCUGGGCAGACGCCUACACCCUCUCCCUGAUCGCCUUUCCGCCCCUUCACGUCCGCGACAUCACCCUCCCAGACCCUGACUUUUUCGGGGAAGCCAUGGUUCCCCCCUACAGGGGCGAAGUCGAUGAGCCCGAGUACAUUUCCGAGUCCGAGUCCGAUUAG